AUGGAGCAGUUUCUUGCCACCCAGAAUCAGCUGCUUACCAACAUGGCGAAUACUAUCGCCAAUAUGCAGGCUCAGAUGAACCAAGCUCCACCACCUCCACCACUAGCAUCAAGAGACAGGCACAGGGAGUUCGUGAGCCACAAACCUCCCUCAUUCUCUCACUCAUCUGAUCCUCUGCACGCCGCUGACUGGAUCAAGAUGGUGGAGAAGACGCUGAACAUCAUCCAAUGUACUGAUAGGGAGAAGGUCCUUUAUGCUUCAGGCAAAUUGGAAGGGACUGCUGCAGAUUGGUGGGAUGCUUACACCGUAGCCCAUGACACUCCCAACACCAUCACCUGGCAGGAGCUCAGGAACAAAUUUAGGGAGCACCACAUACCCAAGGGUCUGAUGAAGCUCAAGAAGCAAGAGUUCCUUGCACUAAAACAGGGAUCAAUGUCUGUGAAGGGUUCCAUGGAGAAGUAUUUUUUUUCUCAGAGAGUUCUGAAGUGGCCACUUGGAAACCAAUGGAAUCGUGCUGCAGGUGAUGGGCACUGGAAGACAUCAGGCAAGGACGUGCCGAUCUUUUGCAGUCGCGUCAAUGGUGGAGAGCCUCUGAUGAUCGGGUCAAAGAAAACCCUGGUGUUCUACCAUGGGAAAUCAGAUUUUGGUGAGAACACUGAAUGGGUGAUGCAGGAGUACAGCCUUGUUGGAGCCGGCCUCACACCCUAUCGUGUGAUGAGGCCUGGUGGAAGCAAUAACUUUGGGGAAUCCAGCUCUGCUGCUGCGGCCAUCACCGAGAAAAAUGACAAUCUAUCUGAAGCUCUCAACAAUUCCAAGGUUCCAGUCCUGGUAAAUCCAGAUGAAUCUUGGGUUGUCUGCCGCAUCUACAAGAAGAAGAAGCACAUGCCACGUGUCGUCACUCAGGUUUACAACAUUGCAGAGGGAGGGCAGAUCCCCUUCUACAACUUUCUUGAGCAGGGAAAUUCCAAGGGAAUCGCCAGCUCAAACAUCCUCACCGACAUACCAUUACAGAAUGCAAAGGAUGAUGAAGAGGGUAGGGAUCGCAGCACCAACGUGGAGGCAAACUCCAGGGGGGUGGGCAAGUGA